CUCUAUUAUUUACUUUUGAAGUUGUUACGCGAAGUUAAUGUUUUGAGUACACAGUGUUUGCUUGCUGACAAGUAUUUGGGAGCAUCUGGUAGUGGGGAGAAGGGUGUUGAACAAAAGAGAUUGUUUUGCUAGUUCCAGAGAAGUGGUGCCUUUCAAGAUACUGCAUUGCUCUUCAGCUGUGACUUCACUUGAAUAGAAUUGUGCUCGAUCAGCAGACAAGAAGGGAAGUAUUAGAGAUUCUAAUUAAUGUCUCCAAAGUGAAGAAGAGAAAAAAAAGAGGACCUGUGAUAAUUCCUGUGAUAAUUGCCUAUGAUAAUUCAUUUCUUGGGAAACCAUAUUAUUGGUCUCUUCCCCUCUUGUGAAAAAUCCUGUCUUUCCUGGUAACCAUAUAGCAUGUGAGGCACCUCAUUGCUCAAGUGGCAAUCGUGUAACCCAGAAGCCAAGGAAAGAGCUGUCUUCACAACCAUUUGUGUGAGAAAGUCUAGAGUGGAAAUUUCAAAGUAUUGAAUCUUGGAGAAAUGGCUUUCAUUCAUUUGGAUAUCAGAUGUCUCUAUACCCUACUUAUUUGCACAGCAUUUGGCUCUGUGCCUUCAAAUGCUGAGAUAAAAGUUAAUCCUCCUGAGAAUUUUGAGAUAGUGGAUCCUGGAUAUUUAGGUUAUCUGUCUUUGCAAUGGCAACCUCCACUGUUUCUGGAUAAUUUUAAAGGAUGUACAAUAGAAUAUGAAUUAAAAUACCGAAACAUUGAUAGUGAACACUGGAAGACCGUCAUUACCAAGAAUCUACAUUACAAAGACGGGUUUGAUCUUAACAAGGGUGUUGAAGCAAAGAUACACACACUUCUGCCAGCCCAAUGCACAAAUGGAUCAGAAGUUCGAAGUUCAUGGUCAGAAACUGCUUAUUGGACAUCACCAGAAGGAAAUCUGGAAACUAAAAUUCAGGAUAUGGACUGUGUAUAUUACAACUGGCAAAAUUUACUCUGCUCUUGGAAAUCUGGCAUGGGUGUCCAUUUUGAUACCAAUUACCAAUUGUUUUACUGGUAUGAGGGCUUGGGUCGUACAACACAGUGUGCUGAUUACAUCAAGAUUAAUGGAAAAAAUAUGGGAUGCAAGUUUCCCUAUUUGGAGUCAUCAGACUAUAAAGAUUUCUACAUCUGUGUUAAUGGGUCAUCAGAAUCCCAUCCUAUCAGACCUAACUAUUUUAUUUUUCAGCUUCAAAAUAUAGUUAAACCUUUGCCACCAGAGUAUCUUAGUCUUACUGUGAAGAAUUCAGAGGAAAUUAACCUGAAAUGGAGCAUUCCUAAAGGACCCAUUCCAGCAAAAUGUUUCAUUUAUGAAAUUGAAUUCACAGAAGAUGAUUCUACCUGGGUGACUACCACAGUUGAAAAUGAGAUACAAGUCACAAGAACAUCAAAUGAAAGCCAAAAAUUAUGCUUUUUGGUAAGAAGUAAAGUGAAUAUGUAUUGCUCAGAUGAUGGAAUCUGGAGUGAGUGGAGUGAUGAACAAUGCUGGAAAGGUGACAUAUGGAAGGAAAUCUUAAUAUUUUUCCUGAUACCAUUUGCUUUUGUCUCAUUAUUUGUUUUGGUAAUAACUUGUCUGCUUUUGUAUAAGCAAAGGGCUUUACUGAAAACGAUCUUUCAUACAAAAAAAGAAGUCUUUUCUCAUCAAGAGACAUUCUGUUGACUCAUUAACUUUCAGUCUUAUGGCCAAAUGUUAAAUAUGAGUCUUAAGCUGAAGCUUUUCUCCAAAUAUUGAAUAAACCUUAUUUUAAAAGCAUUGUUGUAUUUAAAUAGGCUUUAGUAUACUCAAACCCUCAACUAGUAGUACAUUUUCUGGAUUCUAUUAAUAGGUCUUUUCCUCAUUAAUAUAUGGUCAGGGUGCUACACAUAAAGAAGUCAAGGGUUGGGUCAGAUUCUAUUCACUGAUGUGUUAAUAAAACAAUGUGAUUUUAUAACUUGCACUAAGCCAGAAAUGUUGAAUCCUGAAAGAUGAGAUUCUAAUUUCUUUUUUAAAUUGUACUUGGGAUGAAUGUAUUCACCGUAAGUUGUUUGGCUUUAAAAGUAACCUGUGGAGAGGGUUAAUAAGAAGUGAGAAGUUUUCACUAUGGACUAUGAGAAACAAACUGAGGG